CAAUAUUGACAUGCAAAAGACUUUUAAAGACUUGAUCAUUGUUCUUUGAUAAAGGGUUGCCCUGGCUUAUUUUGACAUAUGGUUAUCAACACCCCACGUGUUUUUUUCCCUAUUCUCUCCAAUUCCUUCAGAAAUUUACACCAAGCAUUCUCAUUUUAAAGGAUAGUAUCUGACAUUAUAGUAGGGAUUAGGUCAGUAUACGAAGCCAUUCAGGGUCAGUAAUUUUCUUUUCCAAGCAUCAUGUCUAACUUCGGAACGUGCAUUCAAUGAAACCCAUGCCAGUUAGAUGGAAUUGAAAAGUAUAUGCACGUUGGAUUUGAUUUUUGGUUAUAAGAGGGAGAUAAAGGGUUGUCAAAGGGAGAAGGGGUCCUGAGAUUUCCAAUCUAUUGUUUAGAUGGUUACAUUGUGGAAAUAUAGGAGACUCUAAGCUUGUUUUUCUAAGUUUCCACCCUUUGUUAGAAGCGGUUCAAUCCUGUUUCGGACCAGUUCUGGGGGGUGGUGAGGAGGGGCGCUUCUUCUGCUCUCAGCAGAUUGGUUACACGCGUCAGGUGGUGGCGAUGACUUAAUUCCUAGCCCAAGAAGAAUAUAAUGUUAAAACUGGUUAUGUAAUUUUUGUGCUUCUCUUUUUUAAUGCAGCAUUUAGUUCAAGUCUUGACGAUUUUACAGAAAGGAGAGAGGCAUAUUUUUACCUUCUUUAUUUUAUUAAAAAUGUAUGUCCUGGUAGAGUGCUAAGGCAAGUGAGAAAUGAAGGAUGCUUACAGCAUUAAAUGCAUUAUUGUGAAAUUUUAAAGGUGAAUUCAGUUUAGAAUUUUCAUAGUUACAAGGUACUUUGCAUCCUGUAAUAAUUUCAAGUUAAUCUCACAAGGAUAACACCAAUAAGUAAUGCAAAUGCCUAAUGACAGUCCUGGCAUUUGUUAAAAAGUGGACACAUGAGUUUGUGUUUGAACCUUUCUGGAAAUUGCAGCCUUGUAUAAAAUGGGUGAGAAGAAACAAAGAUUUUUCUUUUAAGGAGUUGAGACUUGCAAUGGAAAAAAAAAUAGAACAGUGAUUUGUAGGAAAAACUUAAUUUUACUAAUUUCAUAAUGGUUUCAUGGUAAAGAAAACUAUCUGCCCCGCACCCCCACGAGAUGCCCCCCAACCCCUGCAACGCGUGGACAUGAUCUUAGCCAGGAAUAGUUUCAAUGACUUAAAACUGGGAGCUCUCAAACUAGCCUGGUAACUGAGACCCGCCCCAGUCUCCCAGUGAUAGGCGGAGUCGGGUUUGUUAGCCUGUUGCUAAGGCGAUGCCAGGCGCUGAUUGGAUUGGGCACAAGCGGGUGGGGAGAGUGGGCUCGCGGUGUCUGGGGCGAGGCUUGGAACCGGCGUGCGCCGGUAAAGGUCCCUCCAGAGCAGCCGCCUCCUCUCGUGUUCGCCUUCGUUCUCGGGCUGCUUUUGGCGCCCGGUGCUCAUGUCAUACUGUGUCCUGUUGUCCUUUAUGGCAGCUUGCUUGGGACACCCCCCCACCCCCCGAAAAAAAACCGAUUAACAUUUCAGAUGCAGAAGCUCCCACCGGCCUUACAGGUGCCAAAUGGCCUUGGGCGCAACUUUAGCUGAAAACCCCGUUAAGAGGGACUUGGGUUAGGAAAAAGAGCAAGACCCCAUUUUCCUGGGUGAAAUGGGUCUGUAAAUGCUUGUUUUCUUAGCGCAAACAAAGCGUGUUUGCACACCUGUCCGGUCCCCAAACAGGCUACCCUAAUUUGACCUGGGGGGGAUGUCAGUGGCUGUCCAGGAGAGGGGAAAGUAUUUCAAACAUCGAAAUCUGUGUAGGGCCUUAGGGGAAUAUCUCUUGCCCCUUAUCCCUUUGUUCCCCUAAACCGUGGCUCCCUCCCCUUCACCACCCAGUUUUCCCUUGCCUUUACUGUAAAGGUGUCAGGGUGGCCCAAGCCAGAUCGAACCGGUCACCGGCUGGGGCGUGUAAAGCGGAAGCGCCGCGCCGCAGUCGCCCCGCCCCCUAUCCAGCAGGCUAGGCUGCGCGGGCACGGGCGCGAGCGCCGCGCGACGUAUGCCGUAUGUAUAGCGGAGCGCGCGUGCUGCGGAGGCGCGCGGGCGGGCCGGCUGGGAUCUGCUCGCGCCGGUUUAGGCCGGUCCUCUCCUGCUCCGGUCUAGUUCUUGAUUGACAGCCAGGCACUUGUUUACCACGGCGCGGCCCGCCGUGGCUCGCCUCAAUGAGACUGCUGAGCUGGCACAAAAAGGAAGCAAGAAGGGAAGAAAGACAGAGGAAGGCAAACUUUGGGAGCCUUUCACGGAGAACGUUAUCUCAAAGACCCCCAACUCCCCAGCUAGUUUUCAGUGCUGAGAUCUGUUCAGGGGAAUUUACCCAGGGAACAAGGGAAAUAAUCUGUAGACAUAAGCGAGUCCCAGUGAUUUCGGAUGAAAAAUCGAUGUAUGAUGAUAAUUCCGAAGAAGGCUUCAAUACUAUACAUUCAGGAAGACAUGAAUAUGCAUUCAGCUUCGAGCUUCCACAGACACCACUUGCUACCUCAUUCGAAGGCCGACAUGGCAGUGUGCGCUAUUGGGUGAAAGCCGAAUUGCACAGGCCUUGGCUUCUACCAGUAAAAUUAAAGAAGGAAUUUACAGUCUUUGAGCAUAUAGAUAUCAACACUCCUUCAUUACUGUCACCCCAAGCAGGCACAAAAGAAAAGACUCUCUGUUGCUGGUUCUGUACCUCAGGCCCAAUAUCCUUAAGUGCCAAAAUUGAAAGGAAGGGCUAUACCCCAGGUGAAUCAAUUCAGAUAUUUGCUGAGAUUGAGAACUGCUCUUCCCGAAUGGUGGUGCCAAAGGCAGCCAUUUACCAAACACAGGCCUUCUAUGCCAAAGGGAAAAUGAAGGAAGUGAAACAGCUUGUGGCUAAUUUGCGUGGGGAAUCCUUAUCAUCUGGAAAGACAGAGACGUGGAAUGGCAAGUUGCUGAAAAUUCCACCAGUUUCACCCUCUAUCCUCGAUUGUAGUAUAAUUCGUGUGGAAUAUUCACUAAUGGUAUACGUGGAUAUUCCUGGAGCUAUGGAUUUGUUUCUUAAUUUGCCACUUGUCAUCGGUACCAUUCCUCUGCAUCCAUUUGGCAGCAGAACCUCAAGUGUAAGCAGUCAGUGUAGCAUGAAUAUGAACUGGCUUGGUUUAUCUCUUCCUGAAAGACCUGAAGCACCACCCAGUUAUGCAGAAGUGGUAACAGAGGAACAAAGGCGGAAUAAUCUUGCACCUAUGAGUGCUUGUGAUGAUUUUGAGAGAGCGCUUCAAGGACCACUGUUUGCAUAUAUCCAGGAGUUUCGGUUCCUGCCUCCACCUCUUUAUUCAGAGAUUGAUCCAAAUCCCGAUCAGACUUCAGAUGAUAGACCAUCCUGCCCCUCUCGUUGAAGGAACACUUGGUUAAAUCAAGUUGAUGUGGGUUCCGAACUGUAUCUCUUCCGGCUGAGGACAGAGAAGUAUCUUGGAGACACGUUUUCAGAGGAAGUGGAAUUGCUUUUGCCCAGAAAAAUGGCAAAUACAUGAAACAACGAGUGAUCAUGCUUCAGAAGCCUACAGCAACAUUCUGGGACUGCUCCAAUAUGCUUGAAGAUCUAAGCUUUUCUUCUUUAAAACUGGCACAUACUAAGAGCAGUCAUCUUUAGCCUAUGGUCAUACGUGUCAAGACACCAUGUUGUAAAGAGGGAUGAUUUCCUUCUUUUGAUUUGAAAAUUUGCACAUGCUCAAUGCUUACAUUGUGCAGUUCAGUGUCACUACAGCUUUUUUUUUUUCCAUUUAAGCCAGACUCUUGAUACUCUUUUAAAACUUGUUGUGGUCUGCACAACAAGGAACAAAAGAAAGCUUUGAAAAAAAACUUUAACAUGAAAAAACGCACUGACUUUUUUUUUUUUUUAUUUAAUAUAGCCUGGACUUUACCUGCGUAUGCACAUGCUCAGAAUUGUCCUACUAGGCUGACCAUGUAUCACCUCUUCAGCUUGGAUCCUAUUGUGGAUUUAUUUACAAACAUCAAAUGCCUUCAAGCCAAUCCUUUUUGCUGUAUGUUUUGCAGCCUACUGUAGUAGAUACGCAACAGAUAUGUGGGGAAAAAGAGAUAAGAGGAGGAAGCUAAUAAGAGACCUGUCAAGAUUGUAGAACUUCUUGAUUUCUUUUGAGAAUUUGUUGCCUUUCUACUAUUACAGCAAAGCAGCAUUUUGUUACUGACUGCCUAAAAUCACUUAAUCUCAGGUGAACGCAUCACUUGCCAAACUGUUGGAAUGCUAUUUGUGUUUUGUUGCACUGUUGAGUUUUUUUUUGUUGUUGUUGUUUAUUUGGUUGGCUUUUUGGAGAGGGAAAUUUGGAAACGGGACAUACACAAAAGUGAUAACCCACCCACAUCCCCUUUUUGUCAUUACAUACAAGAAGAAACUAGCAGAGUUAAGAAUGGAGUAUAGAAAGGCAGUAUGGCAGGUACCAGCAAAGAGUUAAGGGCUGUUGCUCUUAAAAAUUAGUAUUUUUAUUAUUAUUUUAAAAAUAGUGGAAAUUUUCCAGCCACUGGGGAGAGGAGGGAAAAGUACAUUUAUUUUUAUACAGAGUUACUUAAUUACCUCCAAAACACAUAUGUUGGAAAUCAUUUUUGCCGAUGCAAAGUAUUUUAAUGAGGAUAUAUAUAUGUGUGUGUAUAUAUCUCACACACACACACACACACACACAUAUAUAUAUAUAUGAUUAGAGUUCAAUUUAUACAUUUGUUAUCCUGGUCAAGUUGACAGUAUAAAAACCCAAGUUUAUUCUAAAAGUGUAUAACUUCACAAUUAAAAACACUAGAAUGUUUGCUGGGAUGAUUUUUUUUUUCCAUUAUCUAAAAAACAAUUUGCUAAAUAUGAAAAGUUAUUCUGAUGAGUAUAUAGAGAGAAAAGAGCAAUCACAUCAGUAAAUCCUAGGUUUUAUUAAGUAAUUUACAGUUGGAUCAUAACAUAUACCAGCAUUCAUGAUAAUAUUUAAAACCGUAAUCUGAGGUACUAAGUGUACUGAAUUUUUUUUAAAGAAGGAAUUCAGCUGUGAUGUUUUUCAUGAAAAUCAGCAUCUCAUAUUGCAACAUACGUGUGAAAUGGGUAUAUAUAUCUUACCAUUUAACCCCACAAUUAAUAAAGUGGCUGAAAAUAAUAGUAACUCUGGCUUGGUGCUUGGUUAAAUACUGUCUUAAAGCUUCAUACAAAACAAAUAGGCUUUUCCAUAAGUGGCCUUUAAGAAAACAUGGAAGACAAUUCAUGUUUGAAAUAAUGCUGACAGGGUGAAGAAAGCCCAGUGUAAAAAUGAAUCGCGUUUUAAGUGAUUCGGUUAAAGGGUUUGGGCUCCCGUAGCAAACAAAUACUAGAUAAUAAGGAAAUGGGGGUGAAAUAUUUUUUUACUGUUGUUAAAUCAUUUUGUGAAUGUCCCCCUCAAAAGAAGCUAGUGGAAUAUUUGGCAUAAAGGGCAUUUGGUGGUUUUCUUUUUGUUUGGGGGGAGGGGGUUGUCAGAAAAUCCUUUUUGUUUUCUCUCUUAUGUAUGACUGACUAGGGAACAAUUGUUGAUAUGCAUAGCAUUGGAAUACUUAUUACCACGUACUCUCACAAGUAACACAAGAAGCAAGAAUGACCAAUAUUGUGAUAAUUGGCACAGGAUCACAAGAUGUGAUAAAAUUUUGAGUUUAUAAAGCUUUAUCAAAUAAAGUUUUAUUUUCCCAUUAAAGUUUGUCUCCCUGUCAUUCAGAGGCAUUACUUUUUUUUUCCCCCCUAAAUAUUGGUCAAUUCCUAAUAUAAGAUGUGAGGUUCACAGUUGUAUUCCAGUAUUCAAGAUAGAUUCCUGAUUUUUCAAUUGGGAAAAGUAAAAUCCAAAAUGUUAGCAAAACAAAGUGCAAUAUUAAAUGUUUGCUUUAUAGAUUAUAUUCUAUGGCUGUUUGUAAUUCUCUUUUUUCUUUUUUUAUUUGGUGCUGAAUAUGUCCUUGUAGGCUCUGUUUUAAGAAAACUAUGUGGGAAAUGAUUUAAUUUUUCCUAUUGCUCUUCCUUGUGGAAAAUAAAAGUGUUUUUUUUUUCUUUUUUGUAUAA